GGGUAAAGUGGGCAGGGAGGGUAGAAGGUUCGGCCCCGCAGCUCCAGUCCUAUCUCACUUCUCCCGCUUUUUACCCUUUACUGUGGAGGAACCUGGAACAGCCCGGCUCCUCCGUCAGUCCAUUCAUCCAUCCCGGCAUCAAUCCUGAAGUUACAGACGGACUGAUCCCGCGGGACUGAACCAUGAUCGGCGCAAGGUGAAGUCUGUGCGGGCAACCUGUUGCGUGCGGGGUAAGCAUGGGAGUGCUGAGUGCGGAUUUGCGGGUCACCCUGCAGAUCUUACCCGGCUUUUUCUCCAACUGCCUCUUUUUCGUGCUCUAUGACUCGGUGGUGCUGGUGAAGCGAGUGGUAUCGAUGGUGAGCUGGUCGGGCGGCGGUGCGGGACAACGCAUGCUCACCUCAACCGGGAUGCGCUCCAUCUGGAACAGCUUUCUGCUGGACGCUUACAAACAGGUGAAGUUGGGGGAGGCAGCUCCAAACUCUAAAGUGGUGAGCGUGCCCGAGAUUGCAAACUGCCGAUGGACUAAUAAUAGAAAGAUGGCUGGCGAAUGUCAUCUGCUAGACUUCGAAUCGUGUGGUCGGCCUUUGGUGGUAAACUUUGGCUCAGCUUCCUGACCCCCAUUUGUGAACCAGCUGCCGGUCUUCCGGAGGCUGGUCGAAACCUUUUCAGAUGUGGCAGACUUUCUGCUUGUCUACAUCGAAGAGGCUCACCCAUCAGACGGAUGGGCUGGUCCACCCAUAGAACUGUUUCCAUUUGAGAUGAGGAAGCAUCGCCAUCUGGAAGAGCGUCUGGUGGCAGCGCAGAAGCUGAUGGAGCAUUUUUCUUUACCCCCGCAGUGCCAGCUGGCGACUGACUGCAUGGACAACAAUGCCAAUGUGGCCUAUGGUGUGGCCUAUGAAAGAGUCUGCAUUGUUCAAAAGAACAAAAUUACAUACCUGGGAGGAAAAGGGCCAUUUUAUUACGACCUAAAAGACGUACAGUGCUGGCUUGAACGAAGCUACGGGAAGCGGUAAUUCAUUGCCAUUGGUUUGACAAAUGAUGGAAUAGUUUAUUUUUUUAUAAAGAAAACAUUAAGGUGAUGCCUUUUCAGGACUGCUUCAACGUGGUGACACAGACUAAGCAACAAGUUAAAUUCUCUGAAGUUUCCUGGGUUGGAUCCAACAAUCCCAACCUCUUUUUUACACAACUAAUGGAGACUAAAUAUUUUGCACUUCUAAAGGACUUUGAUAGGACAUUUCUGAAUGAUUAUAUGUGCACUAUAAAUACCUAAUCCUGCAUAAAUGAGUAUUACAUAGUGUAAUACCUCAAUCCUGAAUAACAUGUAUGGCUUUGAAAAACCAAAUUGCUAAAUAUAUAAGAAAGCACA